CUCAACGGUUGAGUCGGUAAACGCCGGAGUUUCACUCAUCAUCUGACGCGUGAUCACGGAAACGGUCACGCUCGCGUUAUUUCCGUCCUGUGGCGCGAGGAAGAAGGCUCGCGCGCUGGAACAGCGGCUCCUCUUCAUCAUGGCUCCCUCCGCGCGCAGGCUGGGUCUGUGGGGUCCGCCGACCUCCACGCUGGACUGGUGCGAGGAGAACUACGAGGUGACCGUCUACGUGGCUGAGUUCUGGAACACUGUCAGCAACCUAAUCAUGAUCCUUCCUCCUCUAUUUGGUGCCCUGCAGACGUUUCGGAACGGCCUGGAGUUUCGGUACAUCUGUUCCUUCCUGGGUCUAGCAGCUGUAGGUGUGGGAUCCUGGUGCUUCCACAUGACGCUGCUGUAUGAGAUGCAGUUGCUGGACGAGCUGCCGAUGAUUUACAGCACGUGUGUGUUUGUCUACUGUCUGUACGAGUGCUUCAAGCAGGAGAAGACCGUGGGUUUGAUUCCCAUCACCUUGUUGUUCGUCUUCAGCAUGUCAGUCAGCCUGGUGUACCUGCAGUGGAAGGAGCCCGUGUUUCACCAGGUCAUGUAUGGAGUUCUGGUGGCUUGUCUGGUGAUGCGGUCCAUCUUCAUUGUUACAUGGGUGUACCCGUGGCUUAGGCCAUUGUGUUACGCGUCUUUAGCCAUCUUCAUGUUGGGCUUUCUGCUGUGGAACAUCGACAACAUCUUCUGUGAGCAGCUCAGAACCAGCAGACGAGUUCUGCCCCCCGGACUUGGAGUCUUGACACAGUUCCACGCCUGGUGGCACAUCUUCACGGGUCUGGGGUCCUACCUGCACAUUCUUCUCAGCCUGCAGAUCAGAUCCACCUUCCUCAAGCGCAGAGCAAAGGUCAAGUUCCUUUGUGGGGUUUGGCCCACGCUGCACAUCGAACCGCAGAGGACCAGCUGAUGUCGGGCGGAGACGUGGCCGGUGCCAGAGCUGCUUUGGACCUGCAGGUGCAGGUGAACCUGAAGAAGCCCCUCCCUCAGGACGGCGCUGACUGAUGGAAGGUCGUUUUAUUAGCUGUAAUUUAUGAGGUAAAUCAACGGAUGCGCGUUGGGUCGAGGGUUGCAGAAGCUGAUCAGGGUUGGCGAGGAGCCACUGCUAAUUUAUGUUUUUAGGAUUUGGACUAAUUAUUCUGAAGAGCAGACAUGAAGUAUGAUAAACUUUGACAAAUUGAAGGUUUAUAGGAAUUAUUUAUGGGUCAAAUGGAAAUUUGCUGUGUUUGUACUUUUGUCCUGCUUGGAGCUGGAUGUUUUUUAAACCUGAAUUCUUUGUUUGAUGAAGAUUUUUGUUCAAAGAUGAAUAAAAGAACAAUUUUUCAUUUAUUCAUAACACCUAUAGAUUUAUCUUUUCAACUAGCCGUUGGACAGAAAACAGCCUCACAAACACAUGUGGGGCUAGUCUCUGGAAAAGGAGCAAUUUGGAUGUAAUGCCCGGUCUCUUGUUCAUUCUUGUCUCUUUCCAGCUGAAAACUACUGUAUGUUUUGGGCUCUUUUUUCACUGCUCUUUCCAGUUGGCUUUGGUUUCAUCCUGUUUAGGGCUGCACGAUAUGAGGAAUACUUGCGAUAUGCGAUAUUAGUGAUCAAUAUUGCGAUAACGAUAAAUUUGCGGUAAAUAAACAAAUAGAAAAAUAAACAAGAACAUCAUUCCCAUUUCAUUGCAACAGUUUAAAAUUAUACUCCAAAUGACCCUCAUCGACAUGGGGGACAAACAUCUAACUUAAUAGACCUCCAUCUGAUUGGUCAAAGCAUAAAGGGAUUUAUUUGAUUCGUUAAAUGCUUCAAGCUGCUAGAAGAUUGUUUUAACACAUUUUGGGUUUGCGAUUUAUUGCGAUAUUUGCCGUCUUUUGCGAUAUGCAUAUUGCAGAGCUGGAUAUUGCGAUAACGAUAAAUUUGCGGUAUAUUGUGCAGGCCUAAUCCUGUUAUUAUCAUUAACUCCUAUUGGCAUGGACUAAAAGGCUCUUUCAGUGGCCAGAAAUGUUCAUGUUGGCGUAUAGGUGCAGCAGUGCUCCCAUCCCACACUAAUCUGAAGCCCACUAGUGGCACAGAAACUAUUGAAUGAAUCAUUUCAUCAUUGGUUUCAGGUCAAACAGGAGCCCUGUCCUUCCUUUGUAACUGAAGUUCUUCGUCCACCAGACUCGGUUCCUUUCAGGUCCUGAAACGAGCGUUAAAUCUUUUAUGACUUUAAGUCUGAAUCCUGAAGACCGAACAGAGACUAAAGAUUAAAAGUCGUUGCUGAUAAAAGCCUGAAAUGGAAUCCAGAAGACUUUGGUUCCAUAGAAAACAGCUGGAUACAGGGACCCCCAGUUCAAAACAUGAACAUUGACAAAUGUUUGGUGCUGAAGCACAAAAAUUGUUUUUUCUCUCACAAUCAUGAAAACAUGAGUAGAGGGAAGAUCCAGAACAUUCAUUUGCAAAUCCAGAUUUUCUCAAAUGUAAAGUUUAUAUACUUUGUUAAAAGAUACUUUGGUUGGUGUGACACAAAUACAUCUCUGAAAUAAAUGAUGAUGUCACUGCUU